GAAUUAUCACGUGGUACAUAAUACACAACUACGGCCAUAUUGGUUACUGCAUUCGUGUUCAAGCUAAUAAGAAAGUUAGAAAAUAGCAAAGGUUAAAUAAAAAUGGCAGAUACAUUGAACUUUGGUCCUGAGUGGCUCAGAGCCCUGUCAGAUGGAAAUAAUGUUGGAACGCCGCCCCCUUCGCCAGGAAUAGUUGGCAAGUACAAGCUAGCAGAUUACCGUUAUGGCAAAGAAGAAAUGCUGGCACUCAACAAUCCAAACCAAACAGAGCUUUCAGAGGAAGUAAAGAAAUUUACAUAUAUAUACGUUGAAAAGGCACAGGAGCCAAUCACCAUGCAGUCUCUAUCCGAAGAGGAACAGCGGUUAAUGUCUCAGUCUGUUAACAGCACAGCAGUACUUAGAAUGUUUGGACGAGGGGGUCCUCCUGGAGUGAGGGGUGGAAGAGGUGGUAUAGAGAGAGGCAGAGGGAGAGGUCGAGGACGAGGUGAAGGUGGUUUUCUACAGAGAGGUAUGUCAGCAGAGGAGGGAGGGGGAUUUGGCAGACCUCCUAGUCACUCAAGAUCAGAUGGUUGGGAAGAAGUAGGUGCAAAGAGAAACUACCAGACACGGUUUGAUGAAGCAGGAGGACCACAGAGACAGUUUCACAGAUCAUUAAGUAACGAAAAUUGGAGGGACCGGGGUGGGGAGGAUGAGGAUGAUGAUGGUGACUGGAGAAAAGCAGGGUCUAAAUGGAAUACAAGAGGUAAUUGGAGAGAACCAAUCAACCGAGGAGAAAGGGGAGGGUUUGAUGAUAGACAGCAGCCAAAUGGUAUACCGAGGGCAGGCUUUGAUAAAGGAAGACAAUACCAAAGAAAUCGUAUCAGUGAAUCAUGGGAUGAAGAUGAUAACAUGCCAGAAUGGAGUAUGCCUGACACUGAAGGAGAUGAUGUAGGAACAUUUGAUUCAAGUGGUGCUUUUGUAUCUACAAAGAAAAAACCUGGUGAAAAUCAUGAAAGGAAAGAACCCCAUACAGAAACCAGUGAAAAGAAAGACAAUGUUAAAAAUAAAACACCUGACAAACAGAAAGUAGAGACAAAAGAAAUGGACAAAGUGAAAAGACCUCCACCAAAUCUUGAAAACAGACAAAAUAAAAGUGAAAAUGCUUCUAAAAGAAAAUUGGAACCCAGUGAAAUGAAGACAGUGACUUCAGAACCGUCAGGUCAAAGUUCAAAACCUGUAAAUAGUAGUCGGAAGGAAAAUAAUAAUGAGGUGAAAGUGUCUAAGGAAAAUAAUAGUGCUCAAAAUGAUUUUUCAAAGAGUGAAGCGACGGUGAAAAACGAAGAGACUAAUGUAAGUUUGAAGAAGGAAAAAGUCGAGGCAGAGACAUUAGCCCGGCUGCAGGCAGCUGCCGAAAAUGUGGUGUUGUCAGCCAUGACGGCAGAGGAUGAUGAGAAAGAGAAAAUGGUUCCUCGACCAGCCAAAGAUUCAACAGCAUUACCUUCAGAUCAUGAAGAUGCACUUAAAUGGUUUUAUAAAGAUCCUCAGGGAGAUAUGCAAGGUCCUUUUACACCAAAUGAAAUGGCUGAAUGGUUUAGUGCUGGAUAUUUUACCAUGAAUUUACAAGUGAAAAGAGGCAUUGAUGAAAAAAUAUCUCCUUUAGGAGAACUAAUAAAAAGUUGGGGUAGAGUUCCAUUUUUACCUGGUCCAUCACCUCCACCAGCUUUAAAUACCCCAACAAGUCUGGCUACGACAGAUCAACAAGAACAGAUGAAAGCCUUACAGCAGAUGCUUGUCCAACAACAAAUGAUGCAGCAACAGUUUUUAAUGAGACAAUUACAGAUGCAACAAAUUCAACAAGUGAUGCAGCAAUUACAGGAAAAUGAACAGUUUAAAAACCUGCCACCAUUACAGCAGCAACAGCUGGCCAUGCAACUCAUGUUAAAACAAUCACCUGUCCCAAUCAUACCACAACAGUCACAGAUGCAGAAAUUAUCACCCAGUAGAUCUCCGCCAACAGAAUCAGUCUCACCAUCAAAUCCUAGUCAUCCAGCAUUUCAUCGCUCUGCCUCACAACCAAACACAUCAACAGAAGAAUCAAUAUGGGACACAACUACCAAACAAAAUAUGGUUUCAGGAGGCUGGUCGCAACCUACAAGUGUAUGGGAUUUAGAUUCCAAAACCGCUAUGACAAAUACAGACCUAGAGAUGCAGAUAGAAAAAGCUAGAAAAGAAAAAGAAGAAUUAGAUAGAAUAAGACAAGAAAAAGAUGAAGAAGAAAGAAGAAUUCAUGAAGAGUUAAAAAGGCAACAAGAAGAAAUGUUAAAACAACAGGAAGAGCUACGCAGACAAAAGGAGGAAAUGGAGCGACAGACAAUAGAAAUCGAAAAACAAAGGCAGCUAGAAUUACGGAGAUUAGAGGAAGCAAGAAGACAGAACCAAGAAGAAGAGGAAAGAAAAAGGAGGGAAGCAGAGGAGGAAGAAAGAAGAAGAAAAGAAGACCAAAUGAGAAAAGAAGAACAAAUGAGACAGAAACAGGAAGAAGCAGUAAGAAGGAAAAGAGAAGAUGAUAUUAGAAGAGAAGAGGAGAUGAGACAACAACAGAGACAGAUGAUGGAACAACAACAUAAACAGAGGGAGAUGGAGGAACAACAAAAACAACAACAAGAAAUACAGAGGCGACAGGAGGAAGCCCGACAACAACAGGAACUACAUAGGCAAAGACAACAACAAGAGGCCCUAAAGAGGUUACAACAGGAACAGAUGGCAAAUAUACAGUUACCACAACAUGCACAAUGGGCCAGUCAGCAGCAGCAGAGUUUGGAACAACAACAAAGAGCUAAGUCACUGCUAGAAAUACAGGAACAGGAAGAAAUGGAACGACAGAGACAAGAGGAGAUACAGAGACAGUUAGAGGCACAGAGACAACAACAACAGGCCAUACUACAGCAGCAGCAACAACAGAAGUCAUGGUCAGGACAAAUAUUUCCAUCUCAACAAAGUUCCAAAUCAUUAAUAGAAAUACAAGAGGAGCAAGCUCGGCAGCUAGAUAAGGAAAGACAACGAAAACAACAACAACAACAAACCCAAGCCAAGAAUCUAUCUAUAUCAGCAGCAAGUGCAUGGAAUGCUAGUGCACAGUCAUCACAUUGGGCCAGUGAAGGAGCAUGGGGUAACCAAGCUAGAAGUCAGAAUGGAUCAGGAUCUCUUGGAUUCUGGGAUGAAGCCAUUGUAUCUUCUAAAAGAGCACCUGCAUCAUCAAAUAAAAAAGUGCAAGGUAAUCCUACAGAAUUUCCAGCAUUAAAGGGAGGUAACCCGGUAAACACACCUUCAGUGCCUGUGUCUAAACCACAAAAACAAUCAAAGAUGAAGAAAGAGGAGGAGGCUGUACAAAGGUUGUUUAAACAACCAAAACCUCAGGAAGACGGAUUCUCAAAUUGGUGUGAGAUAGCUCUCAAAAGAUUGGAUACUUCAGUAGAUAUUCCAACUUUUGUAGCAUUUUUGUCAGAGGUGGAAUCUCCUUAUGAGGUUCAUGAUUAUGUACGAUCAUAUCUCGGUGAAAGUAAAUCUUCUAAGGACUUUGCCAAACAGUUCCUGGAGAAGAGAAGCCAAACUCGUAAUAAGGCAAAACCACCAGUUGUUGAGGAGAGCAUAUGGGGACCUGCACCAGCCCGUGAUUACCGACAACAAACCAACCAAAGUUCAGAUGCUGACUCACAGAAGAAUAAGGGAGGAAAGAAAAAGAAGAAAAUGAUGAAAUUAGACAGUAGUAUUUUGGGAUUCACUGUUAGCGCUGAUCCUGAACGUAAGAACGUAGGAGAGAUGGAAGACGAUGGGAAAUGACAGUCUAUAGAUUUUAAUGUCAGCAGUGUUAUUUUAUCAACUUAAGACAAUGUUUUUUGUAAUUGUUGAUAUUUUGUUAUGGUUGGUCUUAAUUGUUGGGUUUUGGUCGCAUUACACAGUUUCCAAUAGCUUCAACACACCUGUGUGGGCGUGGCUUUGUAUCCAGCCCCUCCUGUAGAUGUGAGGCGUGCCGGCCCAUUUGGCCUAUGUUAGAGUAUAUUUUUAAAGAAGAUGAUGAAAAAGUGAAGGAAAUGAUUUUUCAAAAAUCAGAUCUCUAAUUAUGAAGUUUUUGAAAAAGAAUGAGAAAAACUUAAUCAUAGUGCUUAAUAAACAAUGCUUUUGGUGGCAGUCCUUGGUUAAGGGAAAUAACUCUUUAAAUCAUAAAUACGUUUGUAAAAGUCAGUUUUAUCAGUGCUUUAUAAGCAUUCAUGUGAUAAAAAAUUAAAAUGAUUUUUGUCAUUUGGAAGCUUAAAAUUUAUUUAUGAAAAUGGUUGACACAAGCGUAACAUUGAUUUUUAAAGAGUAAUUUCCCUUAACUUAGAUCAACCACCUAAAUAUCGUAUGCAGUAUUACAUGACAAAACAAAUUGAAUAUUUUAACAACACAGUGUUUUUUAAUCAUGUCAACUGAUUUCAGCUUUUUUAUUCAAACAUGUUUUACAAUUUAAUGAAAAGAAGUUUUUCAUUUGAAAGUAUUAAGAAUUACAACUUUUUUUAUUCAAACAUGUUAUACAAUAUAAAUAGAAGAAGAAUUUCAUUAAAUAAAAUUAAGAAUUUCAACCUUUUUUAUUCAAACAUGUUUUACUGUUUAAAGAGAAGAAUAAGUAAAUCAAUAACACUUAGAAUUUGACAUAAAUGCAUUUUACCAAAAACUAAACAAUCAACCGAAAGAAUUGAAAUGAUUCUAAACAAACUAUAUAUGCAAAAUGCACAAUAUUGUUAUUAAUUUUUUAUCUAAUUAUCUUACAAUUAUUGUGGUCUCAGUAAAACAAUUUUAAGGAAUCAAAAAUGUUCUUUUAUUCUGUUUAAUAUUUCAAUAUAGUUUGGUUCCUAGUAAUUCUUAAUGAUUAUAUGAAUUUUUCAUGGUAGAAUUUUAUGCAAACUUCUGAAUUAUGGAAAACACAAAUUACUUACAAAACAACAUUGUUCCUAUUUAGAUUUCAACAUUUGCAUAAUACUAUCAAAAUUGCACACAGGCAAGACAUAUAUCUGUGUCAACAGUUUUAUUUUAUAACACUAUAAUUUUUAUGAAACUGAUAUACAUAAAGCAAAGAAAACAUGUCACAUAUUUCUAAAAUCAAACAUGUGUUAUAGCAGAAUAUAAGUUGUGUUAUUAAUUAGUCUGUUUUUUUUUAUUUCUAGAUUAAAUAUCCAGAUAAGAAAUUUAACAAUUUUUACCUAAGAAAUACAAAACAAUACUUCAGAAAUCAAACAGUGACUACUUUUAAUAUUUUUUUUUUUUUUUUUUAACUUUCAGGCAACAUUUUAUUCAGAAAGAAUAAAUUAUUAAAGAUGACAGCUUUCUUUUGAUACAAAUUAUUUACAGUUUUAAGCGAUUUUCAAAUUCAUGAAAGAACACAAUUUUUAAGAAAGAAUGGUAGUAAUUGACAGUAAUCCUCAUAUAUUUUGUUAUUUUUGCUGUUUUUAAAAAAAAUAUAAGCUUUAGAAUUGAAAUAUCAUCUUAUUCUGUUAGAUACUAGAAAUUUCAAGCAGAAGGGAAGCUCCAUGCAUAAAGUUUUGAAUAUUGAUAAGAUGGAUGGGUUCUUAUUUUAAAAUUAUAGACACUCAAGCUUGUGUUUAUUUUGUCAUUUACAAAUGCACACCACAGCCUAGAAUUUUUAUAGGCCCAUUAAAGGUAUUACGUUGUCUGUCCAUCUGUCAUCAACAUGUCGGACAACUCAAAAAUGCUUUAACCAAUUUUCAUAAAACUUUGGUGAAUUGUUUGUAUUUAUUGAUGUAUGCUCCCUUUCAGUUUUUAUAAAUUUUAGAUUUUACGUUUCUGAGUUAUGGGAUUUUAUUCAUAAAAAAUUGGAGAUGUACAGUUUUCUGUUUUCUGACUAAAACUGAAAAAUGCUUUGAACAAUUUUCAUGAAACUUUGGUGAAUUGUUUAUAAAUAUUAGAAUUAGCUCCCCUUAGUUUUUUAUAAAUUUCUGAUAUGACAUUUAGUGUCAUGGAGUUAUGAAACUUUAUUCGUUGAAAAAGCAACGGGUGUAUCAUGUGCUCAUGGUGCAGCUCUUUAUGUAAGAGUGAUCUAAACUAAUGAAUGGGACCUCUAUGCACAAACCCUCUCGCGGAAAAACUACAGAACCCAUGCCUUCCAAAACUAAAUUUACAUUAAAAUUUUAAUACACAUUACUUUUAAAAGCUUACUUAAUUUAACCACGGUAAAAGUAUGAAUGAAGAAAAAGGUAAACAGUCAUGACAAAGCAUUUCUUAGUAUCCAUUAGGAAUUGUUGCAUUUUGUUUUACGAUCUUGCUAGUUCAGAACAGUCAUUUUUAUUUCUGAAUUAUCUUAUCUUAAAAAGGUGAGUCUAGAACAUUGUUUUAAACUUAAAACAUUUUUUGGCAGCAUGGUUUGCCUUAUUAGAUAUUUUAAUUAUGGUAUGCCAUGAUUCGUCUCUCCAUUUGUCUUACUCAUAUCAGGGACUUUUUAGGGAUGUUAUUGAUUUGAAUUUUAAGUUAUCUUCCUGCUUGGAAAAAAGAAAACUGUUGGAAAAUGGCACUUCUAAAAGGGCAUUUUUAGAUACACAGUGAUGAUUUUCAGAUAUACCUCAGCCAACUAGUUUUUUUUGGGGGAGGAGGGGGUUAUUAGAACUUCGGUACUAGUUUACACCAAAUAAAGGAAGUUCUGGGCACAUAUUGGGUUUUUGUCAGCUUAGGAAAACAGGAUUUUAUGUACAAAAACAGAUUUAAAUAUUAGUGUAGCCCAAGUUCUUACUACAGACCUUUGUACCUAAAAGGUAUACUCUUGCCAAAACUAGGGAUAGUCAGAAAAAUCAACAACAAAAUU